AUACACAACCUGAUGAUUCCGGAAAAUUCAAUUCAUUCUCAAGAGAAGGAAGUAGCAAUUAGCACUGCAAAUUCUCAAUCAGGAAAAUCAGUAUUAACUACCUUAUUAAAUCUGGAUUGAAUAGAAAAACAUUUGUUAUCGUCUGAGCUUCGAGAUUACUUUCAGCGUGCAGUACUACAAAAUUGAAGUUUGAGGUAAAUUCCUUCAUGGAUUCAAAACGAGAAUAAUCCAUACAAUACUAGUAUAAUAACACAGUUCCAUGGAAAUUAAAGGAGCGGUAAUGAUUCAGUUGAGCUUAGUUUGUGCAUUCAGUGCGGUAUGUCUGGUUACUUGUUUUGACCAGGAUAAAAGUAUCAAUGUGAAGGAUAAAUGGGAACAAUUUCUGAGGGUACACAACAAGAAUUAUGACUACUCGGAGAAGAACAGACGCUACAAAAUAUUCCAAAAUAACCUUCGUACCAUAGAUCAGCACAACUGGAGGUAUCGCAAGGGCAUAGAAUCUUUCGAAAUGGGAAUUGGACCAUUUGCGGAUCAAACUGAACGAGAAUUCAAGCUCAUGUUCGAAAAACAAUCUGCUCCGUCCAAGACUACUCUGGAGAACAACGGAAUAUGCAAAUUAUCCGUGAACAGAACUAAAUAUCCACCCUAUUACGUUGAUUACAGAAGCAUCAUGCAGCCAAUUAAGGAUCAGAAACCACACUUAUGCGGUGCGGGCUGGGCAUUCGCAGCGGUUGCAACAGUCGAAGGAAUGACGAUGAAAAAACUCAAAUGGGACAAAUCGCUGAGCGAGCAGAGUCUGCUAGAUUGCGCGGUCGGCCACGGAUACCAAUCAUACGGUUGCAACGGUGGCAGCCUGUGGGGUGCGAUGUUCUACAUGAAGACUUACGGAGCCGAGACUUCUGAGGACUACCCUUACGAGGCCGCGGAAAAGUGUUGCAGAAGCCGUUCUAAACCGUUGGUGCGGGUGGAAACCAUCUUCAAUUGCCAAGGGACGGAACAGGAACUGAUGCGGACGGUGGCUAGCCACGGUCCUGUUGCCACGAUGAUUGAGGUGACGCCAUACAUCAUGCACUACAAGAAAGGCAUCGUUUUCGACAGGAAUUGCGUUAAUGGCGCAAAUCAUGCUGUCACAAUCGUUGGAUAUGGCAUGGAGAACGGGUUUCAGUACUGGCUGUUGAAAAACUCCUGGGGACGGAUGUGGGGUGAGAGGGGCUACUAUAAGUUAGCCCGAAAUUACGCCAAUAUCUGUCAAAUUGGGAAGACCGCAUUUUGUGUUGAUAUAAACUGUUGAACCAGAGCAACAUCGGACAGGCAGUGGACUAAUAUUUCUUGGACAUCCUCCGAUAUAUGACCAUCGUCGUCCUUCAGAUGAUGCAUACAGUGGCACAAUAUCCAUCAUGACCGGUAGAUUAUUCGUGCAGCUUCUGAACCGCCUUCAAUUUGUCCACAAGAACAAAUUUUUCUCCGUAUUGAUAACCUUCGAUUUCACACACUUUGAUUGCGCGAUCAACGAUUUGACAGUCAAUUUUCAAAACGAAAUCACUGAAACCUUUUGAUGUCUGUAUAUUAUUGAAAAAGCAGCAAUAGAGAAGCACUGAAUGGAUGUAGAUGGAUGAUAAUUUGAUGUUAAAAUGAUAUUCUGAAUGCUCAUGACUGAAUUGUCAAGCGUUGAUUCCACGAUCAAGCUCUGUGAAACCGUGUGUUAGAUUUAGACAAAAAGCAAUGAAUUUCCUUGUUCAUUU